GCGUCUCACCAUCGCACUCCACCCCUUGGUGCAUUCGCUUACACGGCCCCGGGUUGAAACGUUUUAAACAUGAACGGAGGGCAAGGGUCUGAAGCACCCCACGUGUGUCCUUGGGUUCUCGCACCCGAGCCUCCCGUGACAGCUAUGAAGCGGGGACCAUUGAGGAGGCUUUGCAGGACCCUCCUAAGAAAGGGAGUCUUCACACGCGGUGAUGCUCUCUUGCGUGAACACGAAAACAACGGCGAUCGACAAUAAAGCCCCGGUAGAUGCGCUCCUGAAAAGCUGCCGCCGUAAGCGAAAAAUGCGUGAAGCAAUAACAAUGCUCCCAAAGAACGAUGUAAUGAUAGUUUGGUGAGAUACGAUCCACCACGCAUAAGCGCAGUGAGAUGGCAGGUAAAAUAACGAAGUUGGCAGGUAAAAUAACGAAGUGGAUGCCGCCGUGUUACCGUAUCAUUUCGCGCAUUGAUCGUACCGCUAAGCCGCGCAGCGUAAGAAAGUAGUCCGUCAUUGACCGCGAUGUAGCGGGGCACGUUCUGUGUUAUAAUGCUGCCCGUUUCCACUUACAACGAUGCGCGGUUCCACAUUACGCUGCACGUUCCAGGUGAGAACGUUACACGUUCAACGUUAUAUCGUUGCACGUUCAACGUAAUGACGCUGCAAAAUCCACGUUAUGACACUGCGCAGUCCACGUUCUAAGGGGGCACAUUCUGCGGUGUAUGAGAAAUGGUCUCUCAUGGGAAAACCGUGUUGCACGAACACGCAUUAACCGAGGACUUACCGCACCUUGCAAAUCGGUAGCUCUCUCUCUUCUGGUGGCACUUUUUGUUCCCCAGCAAGAUCCCAUUUGCUAUAGCACAAGUGCAAUAUCCCCCCCUCCUCCUGCCAACAUGCCCCACCAAGUGCUCCGUUGCCCCUUCAUGCCCACCUCCAAAACAUUUCUGACGAUCUCAACUCCUGUCUCCCCACACAUCUUCUAGUCCCAAACAAUCCAACUUCGAGAGAAUCUCUGUUUGCGUUGCACUUUCAUAUCCGCCAUUUGAUUGUGACAUUUUUUCAGUUUGAAAAUGCAGUCAACCCUGACUGUCUGCGAGGGUUACGUUCUGCAUUUGCAAAUGCAGAAAACCUUGUUCAAAGGGAAAAAUGGAGUUACGUUCCUGGUAUGAGAGAACACAGGGGGGAAAUGGCAAACGGUUUAAAAAAUCACUACAAUAAAUAAUACAUUAUAAGGAACAAUGUGUCUUUAAUUACCGUUGAUGAUGAUUUGACGGGAAAUGCAGGUGUUUGAUAACACAUAGUUAUAAUUUUAGCACUCUGUGGAGGGCUAGCCACAAUACUUUCUCUGAUUGCAUUCGCGUUCAUUUUAAUGACCUCGCGGUCAAUUCGUUUAUACCAAAAUGUUGGCUUACCGCUGACGUACUCUCACCGAAAUCUAAUCUAACGAUUUUAACUUUUAACUCAAACUCAUCACUUUCUUAUGCCUUUUUUCAGCAGACGCACUUUCCUCUCAUUUGAUGCUUGGGAACCAUGAUUAAGGGCAAUUCACAAGCAAGUACAUAAUGACGUAAAAAUGAACAAUGGAGAGUUAAGAGCGGGAUGACUGCGAAAAUUUAGGACAAAGCGGGUAGCCGAGGGGGCAUGCCUAAACAUUCUGGGCACACCACCUGUGAAUACUGCCAGCGGGUUGCGAAUAAGCAAUUAGCAUGCAUUUAGUAACUCGCGAAUAUUCGAAACACGUGAAUAUGCAAAACUAGUGAAUCCAGAACUCAGGCAUAGUGAGGGUUUACUGUACAGGCAGUCCCUAGGUUAUGGAAUGGUUAGGUUCCCCAAAACAAUCCGUAACCCGAAUUUUUAGUUUGUCGGAAACUGAACGAUUUUCCCCCAAAAUCAAGAUAAAAUCCCAUAUCCGGAAGUAGUAGUGCCUCCCGUACUCGAUUACUAGGUUCGUUUUCUCUCAGUAAUGCUACAAAAAUAAAUGUAACUUAAUCCUAGUGAAACUCGGUGAAGGCGGCGUUUUGGUGGACCGAGGCGCAAGGCGGCUAUCCGCGUUAAGUCUCGCUCUGCGGUAGUCAUCCAAAACCUCAACGCGCUGCGCUAUUUCGUAACUAACGCAAACAUAUCCGCAUAUUGAAAUUUUUUUUAACACGAUUUAUGGGAGAAUUUCCGUCAAGUCGGAUUUCCGUGAGUCGGGUCUUCCGCAACCUGGGGAUCGCUUGUGUACGUAUUUAUUGCCUACUUUACACACAUUGGAAUACGUGGCUCAGGGAAUGAUAUUUGAGCGUGUAAAUUUUUGCAGGAAAAUAUUGCGUUUCAUAACUGUUUUUUGUUGGGCCACUACAAACCAUUCAAAUCUGGCUGUGAGAAUCGCUCAACUCACUGGGUGAAUGAGUUGAAACAAUCAUGAUAAUCAGCACACUGUUUAACGCCCGUACACCGCGUGACGAUUUCAUUUGUUUUUCCACUUCGGGUGGUGUUGGGGUCUUAACGGUCAGAUCACUGUGUACGUGGCCUCACCCUAUAAAAAUCUUAUAAAUUGGUGACACUCCGCAGGUGACACGCCAUGGACAACAACCCCAAAACGAUAAUCUCGUUGGAGUAUGAGCUCUUCUCUGCUCAAGAUUUGGGAGCCUCCGUGCUGAAGUUGGAGGCCCUGACCCUGCACAAGGUUGGAGCAGAGUCGCCCACUUUCCAUGGGGUGAUGAAGGCGUCGGAAGAACCCGAGCGGUGGGCGAGAGUGUUCACGGAGCGUGACGAGGGCACGGCGCGGGGACUGGCAGAGCGGCUGGACGCGUCCCUCCGCCCGUUCACGAGCUGCCCGUGGGACGACGGCGACGACAACCAGCAGAGACGACGCAAGCUCCUGGCCGUCGCCCGGUGCCUCCAGGAGCGGCCAAAGUGGACGCUGGCGCACGUGGCGGCCUACUGCGGCCUUCACCAGGCCCUGUCUCACGCCGAGGUCAGCAGGUGGGUGCGGAGGGGAGGCCGCUGGACACAGGCUGAAGCGAGGCGACGUUGGAACAAUGGUGGAAGGUUCCUGUCACAUACGAGUUUAAUCCAUGACAAAAAAAAUAAAUGUUGCUGGAGAAAUAACAGAAUGAUACGGAACAUCGACGAGCCGGAGAGCGACAACGGCCGCACCCCGCUGAUGAUGGCUGUGGAGGCGAAGCAGGUGGCGUGCGCGCGUGGGCUGCUGGGCCUGGGCGCGCGCGCGGAGGCCACGGACAAGCACGGGAACAUCGCGGCGCACUACAUGGCCUCGCAGGUCGACGACAACGUCGCCAUGGUGUUGCUGUGCAAUUGUUGA